AUGGCUCAACAAAAUACUACUGGUGGUGGAAAGAUGUACAUCCCUCCCGAUGAAGCACUAGAUCGUGUAACAUCUAUGUUAGGUGCAACAUGCACGGGGUUCACUGUGGAGUUUGGUGGUGAUGGGGAAAGUGAAAUGAUUCCACCAGAUGCAGUGGUGGAACUCAUGGAUUUACAACCUUUACCGGAGCAUUCAGAGGCUGUAACUAGUGAUUUGGUGAUGGGAGGUGGUGGUAGUGCUGAGUGUGGUAGUGCUGAGUGUGGUAGUGCUGAGUGUGGUGGUAAUAGUGAGAAAAUUUUCAUACCAAAAAGAUUUACUUUUAAUAAUCCUUACAAACCCGUAAAGAAACGCCAAAAACCCUCUGAAGAACUAUUACGGGCUCAGUUAAGCAAGGAAUUAGCCAUGGCUGCUUAUUUUGAAGCCAAAACUGAAGUGGUUAAACUUGAAAAAGUUAAACUGCAGCUAGAAAUAGAAAAAAUUAAAUAA